AUGCGCCCUCUGGAGCGGCAGAUCUUCCGCGACUACGGGCAGAGCUGGUACCGCUUCCGAAAGGAGCUGGAGGGCAAGUUCCACCCGCUCGACCCUCUGGCGCAGCAGCCACAAAUAACUACAGAAGCCCGUUGCAAACUGAUCAGCUGGCUAAUCCCAGUGCAUAAACAUUUUGGCUUUUCUUUCGAAUCCUUAUGCCUGACAGUAAACACUCUAGACCGUUUUCUCACAACUACCCCAGUGGCUGCUGACUGCUUUCAACUCCUAGGGGUCACCUCACUCUUCAUCUCUUGCAAACAGGUAGAAGUGCACCCACCAAAGGUGAAACAGCUCCUGGCCCUUUGCUGUGACACUUUCUCUCGCCAGCAGCUCUGCAACCUGGAGUGCAUCAUUCUCAACAAGCUUCACUUCAAUCUCUCAGCUCCUACCAUCAGUUUCUUUCUUGAACACUUCACCCAUGUGCGGAUGGAGGCUUGUGAAGCUGAUGCUUGGGAAGCCAACAAUGCCAAAGCUCUAGCAAAAGGUGUGGCUGAACUUAGCUUAGCCGACUAUGCCUUUAACAAAUAUAUGCCUUCCUUGUUGGCCGUCUGUUGUUUGGGUCUGGCUGAUCAGAUGUUGCAGCACCAGAAGCCGCUGGACUUGCACUUAAGUGACUAUCCAGAGGGAGUUUUGCAAGAUUGCCUGGACAAGCUACAUUUACUGGUCUCUUUAAAUGAGGACUCUUUGCCUUUGGUACUACCUCCUGAGAUUUCAGAUCAGUCUAUUGAGGCUGAUCAUUGUUCAGGAAUAAAUUAUCUGGAGGACAGACGCUUCUUUAGUUUAAUCGUCUGCCACGACACUAAGAAAAAAACGCGAUUCGCCCAGCGCAAGCCUAGCUUUCCUUGCACACUUUCCCCUGUCUCUUGUCCACGUCUGUCAGCCUUUGAAGUUGGCUUCCAAUGA